AUGACCGCAAAAAAUCAAACCCAAGUGACUGUGUUCAUAUUCUCAGGAUUCACAGAUCAUCCAGAAUUGCAAGCUAUCCUCUUUAUCACAUUCCUGGUGAUUUACACCAUCACUCUGGGUGCAAAUCUAGGGAUGAUCAUCUUGAUCAGGCUGGAUCGACAGCUACAAACCCCAAUGUACUUCUUUCUCAGUCACUUGGCUUUCCUGGAUGCCAGCUACUCUUCCGCAGUUACUCCAAAAGCCAUAUGGGACCUUUUAGCUGAAAGGAAAACCAUUUCCUUUGCUGGGUGUGCAGCACAGUUUUACAUGUUUGAUGGUCUAGUGAUGACUGAAUUCUUCCUGCUGUCUGUGAUGGCAUAUGAUCGCUAUGUGGCCAUCUGCAACCCACUGCUUUAUUACCUAGUUAUGUCUAAGAAGUUCUGCACUGCGGCAGUGGCCAGUGUAUAUAUCUAUGGCUUUGCGAGCUCAGUGAUUCAAACAGCCUUGACUUUUCAGCUGUCCUUCUGCAGAUCAAAUGUGAUCAAUCAUUUCUACUGCAAUGACCCACCGCUUCUCGCUUUGUCCUGCUCUGACACUCGACCGAAGGAAAUCCAGCUUUUAGCUCUGUCUGCUAUCAACUUAUGCAGUUCCCUCUCAGCAAUCAUCGUCUCCUAUGUCUACAUUCUGUCUGCCAUCUUUGGGAAACACUCUGCAGGUGGGAGUCAAAGAGGCUUCUCCACAUGCGCCUCACACAUGACAGCUGUUAUCAUUUUCUAUGGCACCCUCUUCUUCAUGUAUCUUCAACCCAGCUCGGCUCAUUCUCUGAACUAUGACAAAGUGGUGUCAGUUUUUUAUGCUGUUGUUAUCCCUAUGCUGAACCCUCUGAUCUACAGCUUGAGGAACAAAGAAGUGAAGGGGGCCUUGAAGAGAGUGAUGGGAAGAAAUUGUUUUUAUUGUAUAGUUUAA